CCCAGUUUCUCAUGGGACGCUCCUCACCUCCCCGCCAAGUUCUCCGAACUCCCCCAACACCUGCCUCGCUCCUAUCGGACCUUCUACACCCUCAUGGACACGUUCGCUCUCCUACGGCUCCUGUGGUUCUUCUACGCCACCCCAGUCCUGGCCGGUUACCCCAUAUGGUGGUCUCUGGCUCUAGGGCAACAAUACAGCUCCCUCGCCUCACAGCCCAUCCUCUGCGGAUCCAUCCCGGGACUGGUACCAAAACAAAUGCGAUUCUGUAGAAACUACAUCGAGAUAAUGCCCAGCGUGGCAGAGGGAGUCAAGCUAGGAAUUCAGGAGUGUCAACAUCAAUUUCGGGGAAGAAGAUGGAACUGCACCACCAUCCACGACAGCCUGGCCAUCUUCGGACCAGUCCUGGACAAAGCCACGCGAGAAUCCGCUUUCGUCCACGCCAUCGCGGCCGCCGGAGUGGCCUUUGCGGUGACCCGUUCCUGCGCCGAGGGCAGCUCCACCAUCUGCGGCUGCGAUUCCCAUCACAAAGGGUCCCCGGGGGACGGGUGGAAGUGGGGAGGCUGCAGCGAAGAUGCCGACUUCGGGGUCCUGGUAUCACGUGAAUUCGCAGACGCCAGAGAGAAUCGACCGGACGCCAGAUCGGCUAUGAACAGGCACAACAACGAGGCGGGCAGAGCGACCAUCUUGGACCACAUGCAUCUGAAGUGUAAGUGCCACGGUCUUUCCGGGAGCUGCGAAGUAAAGACCUGCUGGUGGUCGCAGCCCGACUUCCGAGCCAUCGGAGACCACUUGAAGGAUAAGUACGACAGCGCGUCUGAGAUGUCGGUGGAGAAGCACAGGGAAUCGCGAGGCUGGGUAGAAACCCUCAGAGCCAAGUACUCCUUAUUCAAACCUCCCACCGAGAGGGAUCUGGUCUACUACGAGAAGUCGCCCAACUUCUGCGAACCCAACCCGGAGACCGGUUCCUUCGGAACUCGCGGGCGGUCGUGCAACGUGACCUCUCACGGGAUCGACGGCUGUGACCUUCUGUGUUGCGGAAGAGGCCACAACACUCGGACGGAGAAACGCAAGGAGAAGUGCCACUGUAUUUUCCAUUGGUGUUGCUACGUGAGCUGCCAGGAAUGCGUGCGUAUUUACGACGUCCACACCUGCAAAUAAUGGCCGAGUACCAAAGCUAAGAUAACCUAACGCAUGUAGGUAGUGGGGGUCUCCCCCCCCGGUCACUAGACACCCAUCACGAGCCCCAUCAUGAUAUACUUAUCAUAUAUCUCGCUUCUACAGACGUCCGAACUAUCAUCGUUCUGAUUGGUGUCAGAUAUCUUCUAUUAUCCAUCCAAAGCUUUUCCAACCGCUCAGAAUUUUAUAUUUUAUAGAUUUUUUUUUUAUAAAUGUUAUUUAUUAUUCAAAUGUAUAUAUAUAUAUAUCGUGUAUACUUUACUAAGAUUAUAAUAUAAAUAUAUUAUAAAUAUAUAUUUGGGGGAAAAAAAAGCACAUUUUGGUCUCCUCACAUUUUUUUUUGGUCUUUUUACAUAUUGUGUGGGAUUUCGGGUCAAAUAGAAACAUAGGAUUUGACGGCAGAUAAGAACCA